UUUGGGACUGCUAUGAGGAGCUGCCGACUCUGAACACUUUUUCUACAGUCACAUCAUUUAGCUCUCGAUAAGAACAUCCAAGAUGCCUGCCUUUAAAAAGCUGUUGAGCGGUGUCACAUUGUGGACGUGGAGAAGAAGUAGAUGGAUAAAUCGACGCGGAGAUGCAGCAUUUUCCUCAUGCAGGCCAAAGGUGUGUGUUGUUGGCAGUGGCCCAGCAGGAUUCUACACAGCACAGCACUUGAUCAAAGGCCGUCAAGAUGUUGAGGUGGACAUUUACGAGCAACUACCCGUUCCUUUUGGCCUUGUCAGAUUCGGUGUUGCUCCUGAUCAUCCAGAAGUGAAGAAUGUCAUCAACACAUUCACACAGACAGCCAAACAUGCACGCUGUAAUUUCUACGGAAACGUGAACGUCGGGAAAGAUGUGAGCGUUCAAGAGCUUCAAGAGGCGUACCAUGCAGUAAUACUAAGUUACGGCGCAGAGGGAAACAGGAGGAUGGGGAUACCUGGAGAAGAUUUGGCCGGUGUUUACUCCGCCAAAGAUUUUGUGGGCUGGUACAAUGGCGUCCCAAGCUGUCGAGAGCUCAGCCCCGACCUGAAUUGUGAAACAGCAGUCAUUUUGGGACAGGGAAAUGUGGCUUUGGACAUCGCGCGAAUAUUAUUGUCACCUACUGACAUUUUAAAGAAGACCGACAUCACUCAGCCUGCCCUUGAAGCUUUGACAGAGAGCAAGGUCCGCAGGGUGCUUAUCGUCGGCAGGAGAGGACCCAUGCAGGUUGCGUGCACUAUCAAGGAGCUUCGAGAAAUGGUGAAGCUACCAGGCACCAGACCCGAGCUGGUGCAAGCCGAUUUUGAGGGCGUCGCUCAGGCACUUCCAGACUUACCCAGACCGAGAAAACGUCUCACGGAGUUGAUGUUCAAGGCAGCCGUCGAGCCUCCAGCAAAGGACGAACAGGAAAGAAGAAGCAAAGCCUCACGUAGUUGGGGACUUCGAUUCUUCCGAAGCCCUGCCAUGGUUCUUCCUAAUCCCGACGGCACCAAGGCAGCCGCCAUCCGAUUGGCAGUCAACAAACUGGAGGGUUCAGGUGAGGCUGCUCGUGCGGUGCUCACUGACGAGGUAGAGGAUGUGACCUGUGGCCUUGUCAUUAGCAGCAUUGGCUACAAGAGCCUCCUCAUUGACCCAUCGGUGCCGUUCGACUCUGGUAAAGCGAUAGUCCCGAACCAAAUGGGCCGUGUUCAACAAGCUCCAGGUCUUUAUUGUAGCGGGUGGCUUAAAACAGGCCCAACAGGUGUGAUCGCCACCACUAUGAAUAAUAGCUUUGACACUGCACGAUCCCUAAUGGAAGACUUGGAUUCAGGGAACUUGGACAUGUCUGCUGCUAAGUCUGGGGCACAACGUAUUAGAACUCUACUUGAGCAAAGAGGAGUGAAGCCUGUGACCUUCUCGGAUUGGGAAAAGAUUGACAGUGUGGAGGUGAAGAGGGGUGAAUCAACUGGAAAACCCAGAGAAAAACUGCUGACUGUGGAGAAUAUGCUUCAGGUGGCAUGGGCUUGAUCAUCAUGGACAAUUUCACAAUAAAAAUGUGGGUGUGGGGCGUGGGGUACAUUUUGAAGAAGCCAACCACAUCAGAUACAGGAAAUGUGUAUUAUGACAAUAUCAUGCAUUAAAUGAAUUUGAAUAUGAUCCCACGAGCUACAUUGUUUAUCUAUAUAAAAUAUUACAAUUACAUUGUCUUCAUUGUGGCUAAUGUAUAUCUGUAAACAAUUUGAUCCUAAAAAAACUACAUGACAAUAAUCAAAGUUUAAUGCACAUGGCACCACAAUAAAAUAUUUUCAUUUUA